AUUCUUCCGCGCAGCGCCCUGCUUCCCACAGGGCAAAGCGUCAACUGGGAUAUUUCUGGUAAAACUCAACGCAAAGCAAGAUGCCAGCCCUGGGGGACUGUGGGUGGGAUUAGAGGAGCUUGGGUGCCAUCUCCAAGUGACAGAUGGAUGGACCUUCCGUCUGAGAGAAAGGAAGAGACACGUGGGGAGAUCAGCCUGGUACGUAAGAGUGCCUGCGAAGCAAUCACUAGGCAGAGCAGGCAGACGAACCGAAGGGAAGAUCAGAAAAGCCAGAAGGGCACGGACUGUUACACACUGGCCACUUGACCAGCCACUCACCCAAAUCGGAAGCAAGAUGUCCCUGAAGUUGCCAAGGAACUGGGAUUUCAACUUGAAAGCGGAGGCUGCGAAAAUAGCUCGGUCAAGGAGCGUGAUGACUGGGGAGCAGAUGGCGGCCUUUCACCCACCCGCCACCCCCAACCCCCUGGAAAGGCCAAUUAAGAUGGGCUGGCUGAAGAAGCAGAGGUCCAUCGUGAAAAACUGGCAGCAGCGGUACUUUGUGCUGAGAGCUCAGCAACUCUACUACUACAAGGACGAAGAGGACUCCAAGCCGCAGGGAUGUAUGUAUCUGCCUGGCAGCACAGUCAAAGAAAUCGCCACAAACCCCGAAGAAGCCGGGAAGUUUGUCUUUGAAGUUAUUCCAGCCUCAUGUGACCAGAAUCGCGUGGGACAAGACUCCUACGUCCUCAUGGCCAGCUCUCAGGUCGAGAUGGAGGAGUGGGUGAAGUUCCUCAGGAGAGUCGCCGGCACGCCCUCUGGAGCGGUGUUCGGCCAGCGCCUGGAUGAGACUGUGGCCUAUGAGCAGAAGUUUGGCCCUCAGCUGGUGCCCAUCCUGGUGGAGAAGUGCACAGAGUUCAUCCUGGAGCAUGGUGUGAGUGAAGAGGGCAUUUUCCGCCUGCCUGGGCAGGACAACCUAGUGAAGCAGCUGAGAGAUGCAUUCGAUGCAGGGGAACGACCUUCUUUUGACAGGGACACAGAUGUGCACACGGUGGCCUCUCUAUUGAAGCUCUACCUCCGAGACCUCCCGGAGCCUGUGGUUCCCUGGAGUCAGUACGAAGGGUUCCUGCUCUGCGGGCAGCUCAUGAAUGCGGAUGAGGCAAAGGCUCAGCAGGAGCUGGUGAAGCAACUUUCCAUCCUGCCCAGGGAUAACUACAGUCUCCUGAGCUACAUCUGCAGAUUCCUGCAUGAAAUCCAGCUGAACUGCGCUGUCAACAAGAUGAGUGUGGACAACCUGGCCACUGUGAUUGGAGUGAACCUCAUCAGGUCGAAGGUCGAAGACCCAGCUGUGAUCAUGAGAGGGACUCCCCAGAUCCAAAGAGUGAUGACCAUGAUGAUCUGAGACCAUGAAGUCCUCUUCCCCAAGUCCAAGGAUGCACCACUGUCACCCCCUGUCCAGAAGAAUGAUGCCAAGAAGGCUCCAGUGCCCCGGAGCUCUGUGGGAUGGGAUGCCACAGAGGACCCGCCCCUCUCCAGGACAGACAGCUUCAAUAGCACAGCAAGUAGUCCUGAUGCCACCAGCCCCACAGGACCACAGCCAUGUGACCAGUAUCAGGAGGACAGUGGGAAAAGCCCCAAGGAAAACCCAGGAGACUGGAAGGUGCAAUCUCGUAAAAGGACUCAAACGCUCCCCAACCGGAAGUGUUUCCUGACGUCAGCAUUCCAAGGAACCACUAGCAGCAAACUGGAAAUCUUUAAAAAUGAGUUCUGGUCUUCAUCUUCAGAGGCCAAGAAAGGGGAAGGGCACAGGAGAACUUUGUCUCAAGAUUUGCGCCACCUUUCCAAUGACCAGCGGACUUCUACCUACGACAAUGUCCCUGCCCCAUUAGGGUCCCCAGGGAGCCCAGCAGGUACACUCUCUCCCCCUGCCUGUGACCCCAAGAGAGAUGCUCCAGCCAGCACAGACUCUGAAAUGGAGUGUGGAAGCAAGAACUCUGGAGAGGAUGACCUUGACUCUUUGCAGAGGACGGUCCAGCACCUACAAAACGAAAUAGAAACCCAGAAACGCACAUACGAGGAACAGAUCAAAACCCUGGAGAAAGAAAAUUAUGAUGUCUGGGCUAAAGUGGUGAGGCUCAACGAAGAGCUGGAGAGGGAGAGGAAGAAGUUCGCGGCCCUGGAAAUCAGCCUUCGAAAUGUGGAGCGCUCCCGGGAGGACGUGGAGAAGAGGAACAAGGUCUUGGAAGAAGAAGUCAAGGAGUUUGUAAAGUCAAUGAAGAAGCCUGAGACAAAGACGGAGGUUUGAGGCUCCAAGGUGUGUGGCAGGGGCGGUCAACACCACUCUCUUUCUCCUGCUCCUGAUGACCGGAAAGCAGGAUCACCUCCAAAGCUUGACAGGGUAUCUGAGGAAAAGUGCUGUGGUCCUCAGCCAAUAAACAGAAGACGGGGGUGAGCGGGAACACGCCAGGACACCUGUGACCAUGUGCUGUACUCAAGGGACUGUUAUUCCACUGUGGGAAGAGUGAACUGGAAUCUUCCAGUGCAUGGCCAGGUCCAAAGGAGACAUUUAAGGUGUGUGGCAUCUCAGGACUAGGCCAGCACUAGGCCAAUGCCUCAAGACUUCGUUUUCCAUGUGGUUAACUUGCCUGGUCAGACGAUGCUAGUCGUUUCUAAGACGUGUGCAGAACUUGAUGGUUAGCUGUCAAAUACUAACCAGUGAGGACUCUUUGGGGAGGCUGGACUGUUGGUACCAGAUUCAAAACAACGAGGUGUAUUUAUGAAAACAAAAUUGGCAAGAAAUUUCUAUUCAAAUAAAGAAAAAGGAAAUCAA